GUGACCGGGGUAAGAUGGCGCGACUGUACGAGGAGUUCACGCUGUGUUGGCUGCAGAGUGGCGGCUCUGUCCGUGCCGUGGAGCCCGUAGGUCCCGACUGCGUCCUUGUCACUCGGGAAGACCGCACCGUCGUUGUCUACAAGGUGUCAGACCAGAAACCUCUUGGAAGUUGGACAGUAAAGCAAACCCAAGCAAUUUCUUGCCCUGCAAUCUACAAUAAGCAGACUGGAGAAUAUGUUGUGGUUCAUGAUCAUAAGGUUUUAAGGAUAUGGAAAGAUGACGAUACUAAUCUGGAAAAAGCUUUCAAAGCAACAUUGUCCGCUGACAUCUACCAGAUACACACUUUGCCUAAAGCAGAACCUGUGGUGCUCUUUGAACGAGGCAGUGUAAAGAAACUUGAUGAUGUUCUUUCAGCUCCACAACAGGAACUUGAAAGUGUUCUGUCAAAAGAUGAAGUCAUCAGGUGGAGUACUGCUUCAGUGGAAGCUGGAAGUCCUGUUGUGUUCUUUGUCACCGAAAAGGGUGGGAUAUUCCAACUUUAUACACAGAGGCUAAACCUUGAUGUACAUCACAAAUAUGAACUGGAUUCAGGAGAAGAGAUUGGUCAUCCUUUGAGCUUUGCUCUUUCCCUUGAAAGAGAGGGCUCUGCCCUGCUGUGUUUAUAUUCCACUGGCUGUAUCUAUAAAAUACAGUUGUCGUUAAACAGGAAUUCGGCUCACAAGGAUUGGAUCCUAUCUCAAUCAUUAUUGUGGAAACUGACAGGCUGUGUGGAUUCUCUAGUCAACGCCACUAUAUUGGCCUUGGAUGAGACGCAUGUUGCUGUGUUAGGAGCUCCACAAUCUCAUCAGUGCUCCGCCAAAGAUUCUGUGAGUAUCUGGAAUACAAGAUUCCAAACACUCCAGGCAUGGAAGGAACUUCCUGAGGGAAGCUCUGGGCAGUUGUGGUGUUACGAUGGGAAGCUCUUUGUCCCUCAUGGAAAAGCCUUGAGUGUGAUCCCAUUUACAUGUGAAACCUGUUCUUUGGCAGCUGUCCUCGGCAAGCUCAAACAGCCAAGUGAAACAGGGACACAUCUGUCCACUGUGGUGAACUGGAAUACAAUGCUUCAAGAGCAACAGUCCGCUGAGUUUCACCCUCCUGUUACCCUCGACACAGCUGAAUUGACACCCAGUAGAAAACGGAAAAACAGAAAACUUAAGAAAACCCAGUCACAAUCUUCUCUGAAUCAGACGAUGAUUGAGUGUGAAUCAAAUGAAAAAAUAGAUGAAAAAUUAAAUCCAUUGUUGAGUAAUCUGCUGGAUCCCAAUGCACAGCAAAUGAUUACACAGGUUGCUUCGAUUCUGGUAACCAGAUGUAUGAUACAGAACAAGUUCUACCCCAAGAAUGCACUAGUGAAGCUAUUACAGACACAAAUGCUUUCUUACAGCUUAUGUCCGGAUUUGAUAGCAGUCGCCAUGAAUAAAGCAGACUAUUACCUCCUGCAGCUAUGCCUAAAGCACUUCCCUGAUAUCCCAGAGGCUGUGGUAUGUGCCUGUUUGAAGUUUUUCCUCAAUGCCAGUGAAACGGAUCUGGAGGAGGUCAUUGUGGACUCUCACAAUGCAGCUUCAUACAUGGAAGUAGAUCAGAGUUCCUCAAAGCCUGAGGAGAAUAUGGAAAUAGUAGAAAAUGGCUUCAAUUCAAUUUUAACCAAAGAUGACAGCGGUAAUGUUCCAACACAUGAGGACAACAGCAAUGUUCCAGCAGAGGAAUAUGUCAAAGAUUCUUGGAAGUCUGCAACAGAUUCAGUGUGUCCUGUUGGUCUUAAAAAGGCAGCUUUAUUGAAUGAAAUUCUGCUGUCUUCAUACAGUGAAGCUUUCCUUUUGCCUCCCCUCAAAGAUCUCUCUGUUGCUCAAGUGAUAUUGUUUCUUGAGUACCUGCAGUACCUGUACAUGAAGCAAUGCCAAACGUUUGACACCAUACUUCCAGGAGAGAGGAUCCCCUCAACUGCUCAGGUCUUGGACUGGUUAAAUCUGCUACUGGAUGCUCACUUUACAUUACUGGUGAUGACAUCAGAGGCACACGAGCUGCUUAAAAACUUUAACAGCUUCAUCGCUUAUCAGGUGAGGUUUUACUCUGAGCUGAACAAGAUCGAGGAAAGCCUACAGAAACUACAGAAAGUGAAACCGCAGGAUGAUGGACUAUAUUCUAUUGAAGUGAUCAAAAUUUGUUAAUUAAUCUUUUUCAAAUAACUGUAAUGUACUUGUUUUGAGUUGUAUUUAUGGUGUGUGAAAAUAUAAAUUUUCUUAUGUUCUACUACUUCUGGAAUUAAAA